CCAGAGCAUUGUAUUAAUUACAAACUUCAUUUCUAACUAAAGAUGCUUGUAAACGUGUAUGUUGUCCUUUUCUCUUCAAUUAUAGUGGCUGUGCUGGGAGUGACAUUGGAGCAAAGUCAACUCUCCUGGACAAAGAAAGAGAGCAAAAGAGCUUAUAUCAGCUGUAAAGUGACUGGACUGACAACAACAUAUGUCCACUGGUACCACCAGAAAGAUGGUGAAGCUCUCAAAAGGAUUCUCUAUGUGAACGAAGCUGGCACUACCCCUGUCUCUGAAGCUAAUGACUUCACUGUGGAGCUAGAGAAGGGUAAUGAUUAUGUUCUGAGGAUAGAUGCAGUGAAGCUGAGUCAUUCAGGAGUUUAUUAUUGUGCCUGCUGGGAGUCAGGCAGACACAAUGGAGAUACAGAGGGCAGCAGGGUUCAGCACACUCUUCUUGCAGGAGUGGCCAAUCAAAGAACGCACACUUCAGCUUUAUAUUUAACACUCCAGUUAAAGAUGCUUAUUAAUAUGUAUAUUAUUCUUUUCUCAUUGACUCAAGUAGCUGUGCUGGGACUGACAGUGGAGCAAAGUCAACUCAUCUGGAUGAAGCCAGUGGGGAAAAGUGUUUAUAUCAGCUGUAAAGUGAGAGAUCUGACCACUGACUACAUCCACUGGUACCAGCAGAAAGACGGUGAUGCUCUCAAAAGAAUCCUCUACAUCAAGCACGAUGAAACUCGCCCAACAUAUGACCCCAACUUUCAGGAGGCAAGAGAGUUCAGCAUGAAGGUGGACAAGAAGUCUAAUGCUUAUGAUCUGAAGGUGCAAACACUGAAGACGAGCCAUUCUGCAGUUUAUUACUGUGCCUGCUGGGACUCCACAGUGACAGUAACUCUUCACAUCCUGUACAAAAACUCUGACAGUAUGAAAUCUUAA